AUGGGAGUGAUUGGCCAACCUCUUUUUGUCUCUUGGGUGACCGCAGAACUGCAAGGAAACACCUCUAGUACGUACUGUAUAAGAACACUGUUAUCAAGAAUCGCUUUAAGGGUAUUAGGUAUUGCAUCACUCUCUCACUUGGCCAUGAUGAACGUAGAGAGGUAUAUUGCCAUUAAACAUCCCCUGCAGUACGAAACCAUCGUCACCGAGAAUCGCCUCACUUUUUUGUCCGUUCUCCUGUGGAUUACAGUCAUUCUAUUAACAGUGCCUUUAUCUUUCGCUGAUAAUAACCUUUAUCUUACUGUUGACAAUAGUACCAUGUUUUUAUGCAUGGCCAUUAUCUUCUACUGUCAAAUCGUGCUUUACUACGAAACACGUUGGCAUCAAAAAGAAAUCGCUGCCCAGCAAGUAUCGUUGGAAGCCAGAGAGAAAUUCUUAAAGGAGAAAAAAGCUUUUAAACUGACAACAACAGUACUUAUCUUUUUAAUACUGUGUUAUUGA